CCAGACGGAGCCUGGAUCGACGCAGAGGAAGAUCCGAGUGUUUGCCGCGGUGCUGCCCCACCCCUGGUCCCUGGGAGCCUGGGGGGGCCCGGCUGUGCUGCUGCGAGGGCCCUAGGAGGGUUGAAAGCUAAGCAUGGGGAAGAGCUGCAAGGUGGUCGUGUGUGGCCAGGCUUCUGUGGGCAAGACUUCAAUCCUGGAGCAGCUUCUGUACGGAAACCAUGUAGUGGGUUCUGAGAUGAUCGAGACGCAGGAGGACAUCUACGUGGGCUCCAUUGAGACUGACCGGGGGGUCCGGGAGCAGGUGCGUUUCUACGACACCCGGGGGCUCCGAGACGGGGCCGAGUUGCCCCGGCACUGCUUCUCCUGCACUGACGGCUAUGUCCUGGUCUACAGCACGGACAGCCGGGAGUCCUUUCAGCGCGUGGAGCUGCUCAAGAAGGAGAUUGACAAAUCCAAGGACAAGAAGGAGGUCACCAUUGUGGUCCUCGGCAACAAGUGUGACCUGCAGGAGCAGCGGCGUGUAGACCCGGACGUGGCUCAGCACUGGGCCAAGUCGGAGAAGGUGAAGCUGUGGGAGGUGUCAGUGGCUGACCGCCGUUCACUGCUGGAGCCCUUCGUCUACCUGGCCAGCAAGAUGACCCAGCCCCAGAGCAAGUCUGCCUUCCCCCUAAGCCGCAAGAACAAGGGCAGCGGCUCCUUGGAUGGCUGAUGUGGUGCCUUCCCAGCCCUGGAAGUUGGGUUGGGGGAAAGGGGGGGUUUAGGUGAGCUUUGCUUCCCAGUCAAGGUGGGGAGCUCACCACUAGGCCAGGCAGCUGGGCUGUCCGAGGCUCAGGUCGCUUUUGCUCCCUCCCAGCUCUGGGAAUUGCUGACAGUCUAGGUUAGCACCGCCAACCCCCCCAGCCCCCAUCAUAUCUGCCCUGUGGUGACUGGGGUAGUUGUGGGUCACUGUCCCUUUUACCUGCCAGGGGAGGAAGCAGAGCUCUAUGCAGAGGUGCCGCAUCUGGGGUCUGCUUCCUAUCACAGGGACCUCCCACUUCCUGGUUUCCUGCCAGUGUCUAUUCUCUCUCUCUUACGUGUACACACCCCCUGUUCAGGAAGCCUCUACAUACACACACCCACACCCACACCCUCCCACCCAUACACACACACACAAACACACACACACAAACACGGCAUCAGCCUGGACAUGUAUCUGUGUAGAUGUGCAUGUGUGUGUUCUGGUGUUUGGGUCUCACACACACACACACACACACUUACGGCACCAGCCUGGACUCUAGAGUAAGGGCGUCCACAUAUCUGUCUGUAGAUGUGCACGUGUAUGUGCUGGUGUUUGGGACACACACACACACACACACACGCUUAUGGCACCAGCCUGGACUCUAGAGUAAGGGCGUCCCCGUAUCUGUGUAGGUGUGCACGUGUGCAUGCUGGUGUUUGGGACACACACACACACACACACUUAGGGCACCAGGCUGGACUCUAGAGUAAGGGCGUCCCCGUAUCUGUGUAUAGAUGUGCACGUGUGCAUGCUGGUGUUUGGGACACACACACACACACACCGUCUCUCUCAUGGCACCAGCCUGGACUGUAGAGUAAGGGCGUCCCCGUAUCUGUGUGUAGGUGUACACGUGUGCAUGCUGGUGUUUGGGACACACACACAUCGUCUCUCUCUCAUGGCACCAGCCUGGACUCUAGAGAAAGGGUGUCCGGGCAUCUGUGUGUGGAUGUGCAUGUGUGUGCGUGCUGGUGUUCCAGGCACCUCCUCAUCCAACAGCCCAACCUCUCUCCUGUCCUCCCCUUGGCUAGAAGCAGCUAGCCUCCUGGGAGUGUCCUGUUCUGUUGUAACUCUUCCCCCAGCUUCCUCUUCCUGCUCAGGGAGCAUGUCACUGGGUGAGGUGGAAUGAGACACAGCUGGGCUGGGAGUCAGUAGCUGGCUUUGUGGGCCUGCAAGGCCCUUCCCCUCUCGGGGCUCCGCUUUUCUCAUCUGUAAGAUGAUCUCGAUUCUGUGCUCUCUAGCCCUGUGGUUGGAUACUGCCCGCAACUGCGACUGUCCCCUCAGCUUCUCCCUUUUCAAGGUGCUAUGCCUACAGCCCUGCAGGCUGGGACGCUGCUCCCCCCAACCACCAGGGGGCAGGAGCGCACUACUCGCUCUAGUUGCCAGAGCGGCUGCCCAGUGCCCAAUCAGCAGACCUCCCGGGCCUGGGGACAGGUCUUUCCCGUUCCUGUGGUGGUUUUCAGCUGAUGGCUGGAUUCCUGUUUAUCAAUUUCCUGUGUUUAUAUGCCUGCUGCCCCAGUGGAGGCUGGGCAAGGUGCUCCUCUAGCGCUCCCUUCUUACCUCAGAUGCCUGAGCAAAACAAGGCCAAGCAGGAGCAGCUUCCCAGGAGCUGCCAGGCCUGUCGGGGGCUCAGAAAGGUGGUCACACUUCCAGCACGCUGUUCAGGUGAGCUUGUAACCUGCAACCUCCCGUGCUCACCUGCUUCUGAUGCACACACCUAGCACAGGUGAAACACUACAGCCAGAUGACCUCCAAUACACGCCUCUUCUCCCCAGAACGGGAGGGGCGAGCAGGGGCAGGCGGCCCAAGCUGGGCGAGUCCAGUUUUAGGGCAUAUGCAGGCUUGAGCUUAAAUUCAUUUAUUGAUGUGUUGGACACAAUAAAACCACAACUGUUAUCAAAAAGUUUCCCUCCC